AUGAUGCGGAGAGGAAGGGACGUUAUGCAUCAAAGCGAGCGAUCCCCUCGGAACAUGAACAGCAGCCUAGCAUGUUACAGCGCAGAUGAAGAUGAGAAGCAAGAGCGCAGGAGGAGCCGAAGUCAACCGGGCAAAGCUCGUGUGUCCUUGGAUUUCAACGACACGAGGCACGGACCCAAUACCCCGCGCCUCACUGGCCGUUCGCGAUCUGCUCCCAAACAGCGAAACACGUUCCAGUCAGAGUUUGAUCAAGAUUACAAACAGAUUUUGGCUCAUCGAUUUGCUUCCCAAAACGGAACACAUGCAGGGCAUGGGUAUGGAACCAUGGAAGAGAACAGGAAGGAGAAAACGUUUGACCUCUCGUUGGAACUGAUGAGAGAUAGAAAAAGAAUCGCUUUGCACCAGAUUUUGGAUUCCGUCAAGACCGAGAAGACUAAGGAAGGCAAGAGAAAACCAAACAAGGUUAGCCCGAGAAAAUCUCUCAAUUCAAGCAACUCUGAUUGUGAAGCGCACUUCGAUCAUCCCUCUGACAAGAAUCUCACUUUCACAUCACGAUCGCCAGCCUCGAUGGAAAGACAUGUGGCGAACAAUGAUAUCAAUCAACGCUUCUCCUUCUCCGUACGCCUUUCCCCCGUGCAUCUGCAGGAACCUUUCAGUUCCCCGAGGGAGAGACUGAUCUAUUCUACUCCCCCGUCACACCAUGCGACAAGGCCUCUCUCCAGUGAAGAUGUGAAAUCCAGCAGAGAGGCCUCGACCCCUGCUGUAUGCUCGGAAAGUCAGGUUCGCGAUGUACAAAGUCUCCUGCAGAGACUUGAGCUGUGCAUUCAACGAGAUGAGCUGAAGGAUAUUGCCAUAUGCCUCAAGAGCAUCCAGUUGUGGGUCACUGAAGGCAGCCAUGGCACAGGCAAAGACAUGCAAGCACGCUUAAUUGUUUUGUGCAGAAACGGCUUGAAUGCAUUGAUGAUGCUGAUCAAGUUCUGCAUGACGAGAUCCCAUCCUGCUGAUACCACUUCAUCCAGAUCAGGGAAAUUCCAACCUGUGCAAGAUGAUCCGUCUGAGAUUCGGCUGCUGAUGAUGGAAACCCUUCACACUUUGACUUCGAUAGUUUCGACACCUGGAGCGAUGGACGAGGUGCCCAUAGAUCAGUUCUCCCCAGUCAUCACAGAAGCAGCUUGCUCCUCAAAGAGCUCUGAGAUCUCUUUCACUGCCCUGCACAUCCUUGCAAGUCUGUCGGUCAGAAUUGAGGCGGCGGAUUCUCUCGUUCAAUCGGGUUGCGCAGAGCGCGUCUCAGAUCACUUCCUCCGAAUCAAGGACAGUGACUCGAUACCGAGCUCUGUGGACGAUAAGAGAUGGUCUGCUCAUGGCAAGGCGCUGACUCUGAUGGCAUUGUUGAGCAGUCACAGGAAGAACAGCUUUCUUUCAAGAGUGAUCGAGAGGAACUCAGUUUGGUGCAAGGUGUUCGUUAGGAUGUUGCGAGCUGCAGCAAAGUCGAAGUCGUUCGGAGGGAAGCCCUUGAACAUGGAGCAGCUUCUUCUGGGCGCGAAGAGGAUGUCGGCGAACCUGAGUAUCGUGCCCAAGUUGUGCUCUAGCGGUUUCGUGCAGACUUGCUGCUUUGCGGUGGCGAGCUGCCUCGAUUCUCAACCUCAUGCAGCACAGCACGGCAUUCAUGCUUUGAUUCACCUCUCGUAUGACCAACAAGCCUCGCUCGAGAUCCUCUCCGCUGGCCUUUGCACCAUCUUGUGCGGCAGAUUCUACGGCGUUGACGGGGCGUCUCAAGCGCUCGAAUGUCAACCUUUCGACCACGACGGCGUGUCUGCAGUCCCCGACAAGACACAAAGCAGCAAGCAAGACUCUCCUUUCUUGCAAGAUGACGUCGCCAUGUUGCUGUACAGAGUCGUCGGGUCCAAGUCUGAAGUUCGCUCCUCCUCCAAGGAAAACAUGGUCAUGAUAAUCAGCAGCGAAGACAGCAAGACGACAGCUGAGAAGGUGAGCCAGAAGCUCGCUGCCUGGGGCUUUCGCAGUUUCCUCGGAGGAUCUACUGGGAUAAUGGACUUUCGAUCGUGUCUGUCCAACAUUGCUCGAUGCGCUUCCGUCGUGAUCGUCGUGAAUGAUGGUCUUGUGCUGUGCCCGUGCUGCCGGACCCAAGUCGAGUUUGCCCAAAACAUCUCGUCGCCGAUCAUAGGGAUUAUCGCGGGGCCCGAUCAUUGUGUAGAAGGAAGCUGGAUUGAGCAAGUUCUGCCCGCAGAAAGUUUGUUGAAAGAGCAGUCAGGGGGUCAACGAGAGGAUGUUACUCAAGGCUACGCGAUGAAAGUGCUUGUCAAGCAUUUGUUCGCCAUCAUGACCAUGACAGAGUUCGUAACGCAUGAUGCGAUCAAAAAGAGCACACCAUGCCAUCAACCUGUCCAGGAAGCAGCGCAGCCUGAUGAUCGCGAACCAAAUCCGCUGCACAGAAAACUUCUUUACCUGAUUCAGAUCCAGCACAAAGCGCUCAAGGACAACAACCUUGUUACCGAAGAGAUGAAGAAGGUUCUCAGCGAUGUGAAAUUAGAGUGUAAAGAUGGCGAGUGGGCGGAAGACUUGCCAUGUGUUUAA